AUGGAGACUCCACCUCCGGCCGGGCCCGCCCCCUUGCAACUUGAGCCCGGAGGGAUGCCCCGGCCGCGGGGGCCACAGCCUCAGAAAUCAGGAAUCCCGGGCCCGGGGCGGGUGGGCGCCGGCGGCACGAGGGCGGGGCGGGCCCUGGCGGUGCGGCCGGGGGCCCGGCGGGCGGCGCAGAGGGCAGGGCCCGCGGGCCGGGGAGCGCCGGGCGCCGCGGACGGGAGCGCCGGAGAGAGCGGCGCCGUCCCUGCGCCCAGCCGGCCCGGGAGCGCUUGGGGCGCGGGGCGCGGCGGGCGAGGGCGCGGGGCGCGGCGGGCGAGGGCGCGGGGCGCGGCGGCCCCGGCGGCUCUCCCACUAGGGGUAGCUGUUGCCCGAAUCCCGGAGCGCUCCCCUCCCGCCGCUCGCCGCGCCCGGCGCAGCCCCGGCCGCCGGGCGCACCCGUCCCGUGCGUCCCCAGACGUUGCUCUCCGCCCCGGGAGCGUCGGGACGGGAGCGCCCGAGCCGAGCCACCUUCGCCGACCGCCCGCGAGCGCCGCGGCUCCCCUGGACGCGGAGGCGCACGGACGCGCAAAGUGCGUCCUCUCCGCCGGGAACGAGACUUUCUUUGGGGGUGAGGGGCAGCUCCCCAACUUCGCGGGGGGCCUUCGGAUCGCUCGGGGAGCGGGACCGGCGGCGGCGAGGUCGGUCUCAGGGGCAGCCGGGCUGGGAAGUGCCUUGACCCAGGGUCCCCGAAGCUGGGAACACAAGUUCCCCUCCGACCGGGACUGGCUCGCGCCCGGUCCCGAGCGAUGUGCACCCCGUCUGCGGGGCCGAGCUGCCCGGGGCGCCCGCACAGCCGCGGGGACUUGUCCGGGUGUCCGUGGCCGAGCCCGAGUCAGAGGCGGUGGCUGCCGCCGGCGUCCCGCGCGCCGCCAGACCCGGGACCGGCCGCCCAACUUCUCCCGGGACCGGCCGCCCAACUUCUCCUCGGGACCGGCCGCCCAACUUCUUCCCGGGACCGGCCGCCCAACUUCUCCCCGGGACCGGCCGCCCAACUUCUCCCCGGGACCGGCCGCCCAACUUCUCCCGGGACGGAGACCUCGCUGGGUCCCGGGCCGAGGCGGGAGCCCGCGGGGCCGAGAGGGCGAGGGGGAAGCGCUCACUCGCGGCGGCGGCGGCGGGGGAGCCAGUCCGGAGAGACGUCCAUCUGUCCACCCUGGUGCUCGGAGCCUCCGGCCGGAACCCCGCGGGACCGGUGCGCGCGGGAUAGACGACUAGGACUCAGUCAGGCCAUGGCUAUGCCGCCUGGGGCCCCGGGGUGGGGGCUGCACGGCCCAGGAACUUCUCCCCCAGGAGGAAGCCAACCUCUUUCCUACUUUCUCCGACCCUGCCCGGCCCCUAACCACCCUGGCAGGGGGCGCUCAGGAAGGUUAGUGAACUCUCUCUGAGCCACACCUGGCUGGGCU